GUCAUUCGUCUCGAAGUUAAAGUCAAACAUAAACAAACAGUGUCCGUUGGACGCUUUUUAUAAUUUUUAACAAGUUUUGUGUGAAAAGUUUGUGUAAUUUGUGUUGCCUCACAAUGGAAUCGUUGAACUUGUUAAGUUGCCGCAUGUGUCUCGUGGUGCCGAACGAGGAUGCGCUCACAUUUUCGGUGUUCGACACCUUCAAGGGGGAACUGCUGAACGAACUCGUUGAGAUGCUGUUUUCAAUCAAGUUUUCCAGAAACGAUCACCUGUUGAAUAUUUGUGUGGAGUGUGUCAAUCGUAUCAACACCGUUCAGAAAAUUUCCAAGCAAUUUAAAGACAAUGAUGACCGACUGCGACUACUUUUGCUCAGUUUGCAUGAAGAAACAACCGAUGAAAUUGACGCCGUUGACAAUGGACAAGCUUCAGACAAUGAUGAAGAAAUACUGGAAGAAAAGGUUAUCAAAAGUGAGGUAGAUCUCUCUAGCUCAAACUUUGAUGAAGCUCAGCUCGCUGAAAUAAAUGAAGAUUUGCAACAGCAAGUGGAUAUCAUAAAUAGCUCAGGCAAUCAGGAAGUUAAUGAGGAGGACCACUUUGACGAAGGAUCAGACAACAUCGAUGAUUUCAUUGUUAGCACUUUAGUGCAACCGAGAGUGCGCAAGAAAGCCCACCCAAACCAAACGCCGCAACUUCCCAAGCACAAAUGCUACUUUUGCAUGCAAAUCUUUGACAGCGAGCUUGCCCUCACCAACCAUUUUACGGAACACUUUGCCCAAGUUCCACUCACCUGCCACAAGUGCGCCGGCAUCGUAAUCAAAUCGGUCCGACAGGCCAGCAAACAUUUGGCGCUGCACGACGAGGAAGAGCGACCGCACAAGUGCCGCGUGUGCGAGUUGCGAUUCUUCACGCGCGAGAACAGCCUCACACACGAGCGCAAAAUCCACCGCAUGAAGGUGAAAAUUCAGCAAAACAUUGACGGCUAUGCCGAGAGGCGCAAGUUGAGGACUUAUCAGUGCAGCCAAUGUGGCCUGCUCGCCAGCAACAGCGACGCACUGCGCAAGCACGAGCUGACCCAUGCCGAAGUGCAACCGGUGCACACGUGCGAAAUUUGCGGGAAGCAAUUUGCCGCCCGCAAGAAUCUGACGCGGCACAUGUUGAUUCAUACGGGUGAACUGCCGUACAAGUGUGACAUGUGCACGAGAGCCUAUCGGCAGGCUGGUGAUCUGAAGGAUCACAUUAGGGGCCAGCACACCAAAGAGACACCGUACGCGUGCAGUAACUGUGAUUGUCGGUUUCGGAACGUUUCCAUGCUGCACGUGCAUCGGAAGAAGUUUCAUUCGAUCACAAGUGGAAGGAGCAGCAAUAGCAGAGAGCUUGAUAAUGAAUUGUCGGAGUGA